AGCACUGCGGCUGGUCGGGGUGUCUGCGUUGAGCGCGGAUCUACGACGGCAUCUGAAAGUUCCAGCGUCUCCAGUUCCUGCUGGUGCAGGCGAGACAGGAUCUGCAUCAGGGCACCUUUUGGUGAAUGCGGAGCCGUUCAGGCACGAUAUCACAUGGCCGCGUUCGAGCGUCGCUGCCGAUGCCGAAGAGAACUAUCUAGAGUACGUAGUCGGAACUACAUCACGGAAGAUGCGUUUCGAUAUGUGCGGAGGUAAGGUAGAAACUGAUGAUGGCGCAAGCACGAUCAUCGACGUCGAGCCCGCUCCGCUAGGGUCGAUGGACCCGUCUGAAAAUCCCUUGUUUCGAUUUGCGGUCGGCCAGGAGACGCUGUUGCGGCUCCGUGCCGCCGCACAACACCUUCCCGAUGCUGAUUCGCUUCUGAGCUCUGCUGGGAGCCAAGAUCGUGACGGAGAGGCUGCUGCUGAUCCUGAGGAGACUGCCACACCUGGAGAUUCGACUGCCGACAAGGAUAAGUCGAAUGUUGACAAGAACGCGGCCCUCGCUGCAGAUGUCGGUGUUGGGGGGACGGCUGUCAAUCCGGGGCCAGGAAAUGUUGGUUCCGGUGAAGACACCGAAGCCGCGGCCAAUCCUGCAGGGAGCUUUUUGCAGAAAAGCAGUAGCCAUACAGGAAACGCGCUGUUUCUGGUGUGCGUCAAAAUGCCCUACGGAGCUAUGCGCCGGCAGUGGGAGCCUAUUGGCACAGUGCAUUUUCGCGAACUCGUGGGAUCGGUCGAACCUAUUGGCACACUGCAUUUUCGCAGAUCGGUCGAAGAUGCUAAGGACGAAAAGCCUGAAGGCUCUAGGGACAACCCAAAUGAAACGGCAAGAAAAGAUAGCGUCGCUCCAACUGCUUCUUCGGCGCCAGGUGUUACUCCUUCUCAACAUUUGUUCACUUAGAAAAUUUUCUUGUGUUCUUGUCUUUUAGUUUCUUCGCAGUGAAAGGCGACUCACGGAGCUAACUAGGUUUUUCGCAGUAAGCUACGAACAGUCUUCACUGUUAAAACAUGUGUUGAAGUAGAGUUCCUUUCUAGCUCUCCUUUUCGCGCAUCUACAGAGCCUUCCAAGACCGAGACCGAUGCAGCACGCAGCACUGACGCUUCAGCUCUGAAGGAUGUGCCGGUCAGCGAAUCGCACGAUGGAGGAGAGCAGAACGCUGUAGAGAUUCCUCGCGAGAAAUUCAAGGUACCAUUGGGGAAGGUUGUAUGGAAAGCGAAACAGGAUGGCCGCGACGUUCGUGUGGAGACGAGCAAGCAUCUUGUCGUGGAUGCUGCUGCUGCUUCAGAGGAUGGGGCGGCAAACGCUGCUAGUACUAAUGGCCCAGCUGUUUCUUCUGAAUCUGGUCGCGAAUCUACAACUUCUACGGACACUGGUACUGGUCUUCCGAUUCUUGCUAGAUGCCCUACCGAUGGCGCACCAUGUUUGACACUGCGCUCAAAUGCCGCAGGGGUGCUUCGUUUUGUCAAUCGCAGAGAGGGAAAGAGCCGUGGUGCUGCGGAAGAGGCCUCGCGCGGCGCACUGGACCGAAUCUACGCGACUAUUGCAGCCAAGCAGGAGAGCACUGGCGCAUCAACAACUUCUUCGGCGGAUGAAAAGCCCGCUUUAAUCACAGGGGCUUCGUCGUCCUCGAGUCAGCCCAUGUCCACCUUACAAGAAGAAGUAGCCACGUUGAGAGGCGCGGUUGAUAGUGUGAGGGAGAUGGUUGACGGUCUCGUUUUUGCAGAAUUGUCCUCAGAGAACCAAGUGGGGACGCAAGCGACCGUGUCCUCGUCCUCUGAAACUCCAGCUUCAUCAGGUGAGACAGGUGGAGAUGCAAUUGCACCUAGCACGCAAGAUAUUGCUUCGCAACAAGGCAUCUCGAGUUCAGGUGAUUCCCAAGUGGAGCCAAUCGAGGCUGCGCCAGAAGCGGCUGCGGCUUUGCGUACUCCUUCAGAUGACAAGGAAGGCAAUACUGCCUCUGAGGAACUAGAAGGUUCUGCCCUCAACAUAGCAACAUCAUCGACCACGUCGUCGUUUCAGAGAACCGUGCCACUGCGGAUGCGCAUUGGCGGAGAGGACCCCGCACAGAAGGACGAGAAGAUUGUUCUGGGCGAAGGCAGCGACAAUCGACUGGCUAUCAUCGCCCCAGGAGGCCUCGAACAAGAGCUGGCCGACGCUCAUACAGAAUUCUUUCGGCCACCGGAAGGUGUGAAACCUGAAAAAGCGGCUGAGACAACUGAGGACGAGAAUAGCGGGAUCGCGUUGCUAGUGCUGUCAAUUCUGGUAUCGAUGUUAUAGGCUUUUCUACCUACAAGAAGGAUUUACUUCUACUUACGGGUCUAUAAAUAAUAAUUCCUUUGUUUCUAUUUGACACUCAUUGCUGUGUAACAAAUUUAGUUAGGCGGAGGUGAAAUAACGCAUUCAAAUCAAACAAAGCAAAGCAUCUCAGAUUUCGUGAGGGGAUUUCCAGAUUCUUUAAGUUCUGUUCUCUUUAUUUUGAGGCUACCAAAAACAAAAUGAAUAAGGUCAUCCUGGUUUUGCUUGGCCUGUCAUCAAGCUAUUUCCGACCUACCUCUGACGACGACGGUGUCGCGGUGGCUGCCGCGACUGAGCAAGAGAGUGCGCAAGACGGACAACAAGCUGCAGUGACGCAGGCAGAGGAUGGCGUGAGCCAAGAAAUGGUGUCACAAGAAGGUGCGAGUGCAUCGGAUGAGAUCACGGUCGCAGAUGUAUCAGGUGAGGAGCAAGAAAACUCCUCAGCAACGAAACUAGAGCAGCAACGAGCGACUGAGGCGAAAGCGCCGGCAAAUAAGUUGAGGAGCGGAGGGGAGUCGACAGAAGUGCGCAAGACUAGUGCGUCGGAGAUGAAGAGGGAACGUUCAAGUUCUCCUGUGGGAUCCGUGAAAACUUUUUCUGUCGGUAGCCACGUCCGCUUGAUGAACUUGCCAGAGACGAGUGGGGCGCGGGCAUUCAACAAUGCUGUAGGAACCGUGAUCGGCGCUAAGAACGACCUCGGUGAGUUCAAAGUGCGGCUCGAGAAUAGCACUCAUAAUGAGAUGCGGAUAGGUCCAGAGUUUCUCUCGACCAUCGACAAUGACGCUUUUGUCCGCGCAGCUUCCAAGAAGGCAGCGGCACCCGCGCAGUCUGGAAAAGCACCACUCGAUAGCGUAGC